CUGUUUGGCUGCGUUCGAGGGUACGCGAGCAGGUGAUGAGCGAAAUGAGCGAUCAGCCGUAGCGAUGUGAUGUGGUGGAUGAACAUGACUAUUUACAAAAAAACAAUCAAGAACGGAGCACUGGGCACUCAUCAGCGCUUGUACGGUAACUGUAAAUUGGAUUAACGUAUGUAUCACUGCCAGUGCUUUCUGCGUAACGAAGCCCAGCUUCGGGGCAUAAUUGCUCACGGGACCACUUAUUGAGCGACAAUCAGCAACUCUUUAAUUAAUCAACCCUUUAAAAAAUUCAAUCCACGUAAAUUAGCGACUCGCAUUGUCACGAGCGUACUCGUUAAUCUCACACUCACGGUUCAAUCAGAUUGAAACCUGACUUAGGAAUGAGAUUCGGGGCGAGUUCCAAAUUCUGGUAGCAGGCGAAUUUUGCGACUUGAAGGAAGUCGUCGCAGUAGCAAGUGCAGCGUUCACUUCGAGGUUCUCAAUUUGCUUUAGCUUUUUUUUUAUUCGGGGAGUAAUAUGUCUCUGCGCGAUCUGGUUGAGGCCCAGUGCGGCGCCCCGAACGCGCUUGUGAAACUCACGGGUCACGUCAGCCAAGACAGAGCGCUACAGCAGGAAGGACUCAUCCGAGAAAGACACGGUCGUCCACUCUCGGCACAAGCUGGCACUUCUGCAGAGCUUGUCGACGAGUUUCUGGCCGAGAGACAUGGGCCCGGCCUUCGGCAGAGGAUGGCGCCUCAGACUUUCCACAUGGCCGCCCUGCUCCAAGAGAUGCAGGACAUCGAGAAAGUCUACCAGGGCAUGCCCCAGCCAGUUGCCGGGGGCCUGGGCACGUCCAAGGAGUGGGCCAGGGAGUUCCUGCCUCCCUCAGAAGCCCCGAAGCCGGCGCAUCCUGUGGCUGCCACAGCCGCAGACUGGUCGCAGGAAUUUGCGGCAAACCGGGGGACGGUUGGAGUGUCUUCGGUCAAGUGGGCCGAGGAGUAUCUCGUGGACAGCGAGGACCUUGCCGGUCGUGCAUGGACCGAGGCAGCGGAAGGAAACAAAAGCUUAUCCGAGGUCGCAGGGGAGCUCCUCAAAGGCGUCAACGACGACGUCAUGAUGGAAACGGAGUUCAUGCAGUUCGUGAAGGAGCUAAGCCAAGGCAGCGCGGGCUUAGACGAGCCAGUGUCGGCUCAAGCUGAAGACUUUACUCGAGAAUUCGUUGAGGCCCAGCAGCAGCGGAGGCAGCAGCAGCAAGCGCAGGACGCCGCAUCUGCAAGUGCGGCUGCAGCAACUGCAAAUCAGUGGGUGGACGGAUUCCUGUCCCAGGACAAAGAAAAGGGCAGUGAUGCUGACUUCUGGGAGAAUCUCCAGAAAGAAUGGGACCAAAUGGCAAGCAGAGAAACCCCCAGUUCACACCCGUGGCUCUCUGAGUACGAGAACCUCUCGGAGCCUUAUCGCGAGUACAAAUUUGCGGAGGACAAUCCCCUGGAAGACGUGGAAAAUCCCUUUGAGGAAGGGCUUAAAAAGCUGCAGGAAAAUGACAUUCCAAGCGCUGUGCUGCUCUUCGAAGCGGCGGUGCAGAAGAACCCGCAGCACGUGGAGGCUUGGCAGUACCUUGGAACGACUCAGGCAGAAAACGAGCAAGACCCAGCUGCGAUUGCUGCCCUGAGAAAGUCCCUGGAGCUGAACCCCCAGAACCUGCCAGCGCUGAUGGCCGUGGCCGUGAGCUACACCAAUGAGUCGCUGCAGACCCAGGCCUGCGACUCCCUGCUGCAGUGGCUCAAGAACCACCCCCGCUACCAGGCACUCGUGGCCGAGGGGGCCGGCGCCGCUUCGGAGCCCACUGCCUUUCCGCUCUCCUCCAUCAUGUCCAACGAGCAGCACGGCCGGACGCGGGACCUGUUCAUUGCGGCGGCGCGCCUCUCGCCGAGCGACCCGGACCCGGACGUGCAGAGCGGUCUGGGCGUCCUUUUCAACUUGUCCGGAGAAUAUGACAAGGCUGCAGACUGCUUCAGGGCUGCCCUGACCGUGCGACCAAACGACAGCCUGCUGUGGAACAGACUGGGUGCCACGCUUGCCAACGGAAGCAGGUCCGAGGAGGCGGUGGACGCUUACCGGCAAGCGCUCCAGCUCUCGCCAGGCUUCAUACGGUCCCGCUUCAACCUCGGCAUCAGCUGCAUCAACCUGGGCUCCUACAGGGAAGCCGCCGAGCACUUCCUGACGGCGCUGAACAUGCAGAGCGCGGGGAGGGGUCCCCUGGGCAGGCAGCAGCCCAACACAUCCGUGUCGGAGAACAUCUGGUCCACCCUGCGGAUGGUGUUCACCCUCCUCAACCGGCCGGACCUGUACAAGGUGGCUGACCGCAGGGACCUGUCCUUCCUCAACCGGGAGUUCCAGAUGGAGUCCUGACUUAACCCUGGCGUCGUGCUGUGCGAGUGCUUCCGCCAUGUCGGACCCGUUUCGCGCCCGUGCGUCGUGCGCAGGAACUGAUGCGGCCGAAAUCCAGCGGCUUCCCAGAGUACAAUCACAUUUGCGGACGAACGGAUUGUUUGCUUCUUUCGCAGGAACAAAAACUUCCGGGGUCUCGCACGACGCCAGAAGAUCAACGCCUCCUAGAUGGGGCUGUAGUGCUGAACUUUCGGCAUCACCCGCAGUGAUUGAAGACAGGUGUUGAGGCAGCGUUUGGCUGGAGCUCGUAUUUUCACCGAUUGAACCUUGGCCAACCGCCUCGAUCAGCCGAGGCGAUCGGCCGAUGCCGCGCCCUGUGUCGAUCCCUUUUAGGUGACACCAAAAAUUCAGCACUACGACUUUGUUAUCUCGGUGUCGGCCUAAUUUCGAAGCCCAAAACAAUAAGUUGCGAAACUUGUAUAAACUUUUUUUAUACGCCAUUCACCAAUCUCUGUUCAACCUGAGAAAAGCUGGCAAAGCUUAGAAUGUGGCAACUUCGGAAGGUAGCCCCUACUGCACGCGUGUUUCGUGUGACGAGAGCAUAUGUGAGAGCUACGAGCUCGCUUUCCUAGCUUUCGCUCGUCGGAAAGAAAGGGCCAACGAAGUAUGGAAGCUGAGGAAAAUAAAGAAAAGAAUGAGAAUAAAGCUUCUAAAGCAAGCCGGUUCAUCGCCCAUCGGAUACACAAAGUGUCUGGAAAAUGUUUUGAAGCACCAAAAAUGAAAAAAAAAAAAAAGGCUAUGUCGUCGUCUUGCGUGCGUACUUGCCUGUAUGAACUGCAAUACAACAAGCGCACAAAGAAUGCAGCUCUCUUUCCUUACCCUUGUCUGCAACAUCGUUAAAAGAAUGCAAGAUGCAUGGUUCAUGAUAUUAUUUGUAUAAAAUUUUUGGACCCAUGCUUGAGCUGUAUAUAUUUUUGUAACGAGUCGGGAUAGCCCUAGGUCUUCAGGAGUGUGUGGAGGUUUCUGUUCUCAAUGAAGGUAUGAUUUUUCCACUGUAGAAACAAAAAUUUCUCUCCCUUUUUAGAACCAGACAUAUGGAAAUAAGAUUUGGAUGCCAAAAUUGAUUGCAACUGCCAUGUCACAUUUUACACUCGUAUACCAAGUAUGGAUGGUGGGAAUUCUACAUUUAGCCUUGUAGUCAGUACCGCCUGUGUUGUAAGAAAGCAGGAAGAAAAAUCGUGAAUGAAAAUCAAAAUUGUGGAAAUCGAUGAAACAUCAUGUUAAAAAAAUGCAUGAAUAAAAAGUGUGUCACCGUGGCAUACUCCCGCAUUAGCGCAUCAGGAGAGCCCCUGAAGGCCCUACCUGAUUUUGACUUUACUGAUGACACAGCACUAAUUUUAUGCAAUAUCUGUGCUGACACAGUAUUGGUGUAGGAUAUAGCAGAGGCAAGGUGUUAGUGGUGCAGUAUCAUGAUCGGGCUUUUGCUAAACAUUUGGAACACCAGGGAACAUGCUGGAAUUGUAGGUGUGCUUGCUGCGCAUGCUCCACCCGUCUGUAGAAAAGAAAGUUGCCUUUGCCUUAGAAAAUAAGGCAAAGGCACUGCUGUCUACCUCUGCAAACUUGCCUAAAGGAAGUCACUGUUGCAACCAUCACACGUAACUACAAACCCAGCAUGCUCCUUGUCGUUUAGCUAAAGGUCUAUUGUACUCAACACAAUGCGAGGAUGUGCCCCAGUGCUUGUGACUCUGGUAAUCUAUUCUCGUUUGAGAAAAUGUUCGAUGAAGAGCGCAGAGGACAUCUACAUACUCCACGUCACAACCAUCUGCAGCACAGCUAAAAGAGAGGCAUGAACUCAUGGCUUUGAAAAUGUCUCCUAUGUGCAAAUUCUUGCAUGAACAAAGCAUUCUGCUGAGGUAGGCUCACGUGGCUGCCUUUGUCUGCAUCGUAGACAUUUGCAAAAUGGAGUAUAAACAUUGUACUAGUCCCAAAA